AUGCUAUCGCAGCUGGCCGAAGCAGACACCGGCGAGUUGCUACCGGCCAAUGAAAGCAACAUUGGCCUUGGAGUGACACCCAAAGACCAGGUGCGCAAGUUCUACGAGCAGAGCUCAGACAACAAGACACUGGAGUCUAAAGCCUGGCUGACCGACCCCCAUUUUUUCCAUACUGUGCACAUCAGCAGUCUGGCACUGAUGAAGAUGUGUCUCCAUGCACGCUCAGGCGGGUCCAUCGAGAUCAUGGGCAUGAUGACGGGCAAGAUUUUCGACGGCAACAUCGUUGUCCUGGACAGCUAUCCUCUUCCCGUUCAGGGAACCGAGAGCCGUGUGAACCCGCUCAACGAGGCGUACGAGUUUAUGCUACAAUUUCUGGAACAUCAGAAGAAACAGUCCAAUCGGUCGGAGAACAUUGUUGGCUGGUACCACUCUCACCCUGGCUUUGGCUGCUGGCUAUCUGGAAUUGAUGUCAAGACACAGGAACUGAACCAGGGAUUCCAGGAUCCGUACGUCGCUGUCGUGAUCGACCCGGAGAAGUCGCGGAAACAGGGGUUUGUGGAUAUCGGAGCGUUUCGCACAUACUACCCUGAGCAUCUUGCGAUGCUGGAGACGCAGCAACCCAAGUCAGCAAAACGCGACCUGGGCCACCACGCAGACAAGUACUACUCUUUGGACGUGAGCAUAUUCAAGUCGGAGAAAGACGAGCAGGUUUUCGAGAGUCUAAAUUCAAAAUUCUGGCGCCGGAGCAGGACCAGUUGCUGGAGAUAA